AUGCCAACAGUAUCCAUCAAAUGUAGAGUUCGAGCUCUAUACCCAUUCAAAUCGAACGAUCCAUCCUCGCUCAGCUUCGACCAAGGCGAUUCCAUUGAGGUGCUCACCAAAUUAGAGUCCGGAUGGUGGGAUGGUUGGUGUAAAGGUGCUCGUGGCUGGUUUCCCAGCAACUAUGUGGAAAUAAUUGAAGAGUACAAAGACGAAAGUUGCUUUAUUGCGGACCACGCUGUUCCUUUGCGGAGAAACAAUGAAUAUCGACUGAGUUUACCUAUGACCAAUAUAGGCACGACAUUACCGCCCAAUUGGUCUCUUCAAAUGACCGAAGACAAAUCAGGCUGCUAUUUCUAUAACCAUGCUACUGGAGAAAUGCGAUCGACACAUCCAGACGAC